CCAGCAGCUGCUGGGCUGUUCCUAUCUGUGAGAUCUCUUUUCUCCUUUCAGUCAAGCCCCACAGCUCGCUCCUGUCCACCUGCCCGAGGCUCCGUCAGGAUAACAAAGUGCUCGUCCCUUCUCUUCUCUGCUGAGAGCCAACACACGCAAACAUGGAGGCCAUCAAGAAGAAAAUGCAGAUGCUGAAGCUGGAUAAGGAGAAUGCCAUAGACCGUGCAGAGCAGGCCGAGGUGGACAAGAAAGGAGCGGAGGACAAAUGCAAACAGCUGGAGGAGGAGCUGCUGGGCCUGCAGAAGAAACUCAAAGGAGUGGAAGAUGAGCUGGACAAAUACUCAGAGUCCCUGAAGGAUGCCCAGGAGAAGCUGGAGCAAGCAGAGAAAAAAGCAACGGAUGCCGAGGCAGAGGUAGCAUCUCUAAACAGGCGCAUCCAGCUGGUGGAGGAGGAAUUGGAUCGAGCUCAAGAGAGGCUAGCUACGGCUCUGCAGAAGCUAGAGGAAGCUGAGAAAGCUGCUGAUGAGAGCGAGAGAGGAAUGAAGGUCAUAGAGAACAGGGCAACAAAGGAUGAGGAGAAGAUGGAGAUCCAGGAGAUGCAGCUGAAGGAGGCCAAGCACAUCGCUGAGGAGGCUGAUCGUAAAUAUGAAGAGGUUGCACGUAAACUGGUGAUCCUGGAGGGAGAUCUGGAGCGCUCAGAGGAACGAGCUGAGGUGGCUGAGGCUAAAUCAGCUGACCUUGAGGAAGAGCUGAAAAAUGUCACCAACAACUUGAAGUCUCUGGAAGCCCAGGCUGAGAAGUACUCGCAAAAGGAGGACAAAUACGAAGAAGAAAUCAAAGUUCUUACUGAAAAACUGAAGGAGAGAAGCUGGCCCAAGCCAAAGAAGAAAACUUGGACAUGCACCAGGUUCUGGACCAGACUCUGCUGGAGCUCAACAAUCUAUAGAGAUGCCUCCAGAGUUGAAAGGAUGUGAAGAAAAAUCUUAAAGAAAAAUGAAGAAUAAAUAAUGUUUUGCUUCUUUCAAAGUUUCCUGCAGGUUUUCUUACAAAUAACUAGACGUG